GUGAGCGGUGACUAUUUACGUGAAUGAGAUUUUUCGUUAUUUAAUUUCCUUUUACCAUUUCAUUUAUACUGUUGAUUUGUGAACCGUGUCGUUUUUGGUAUAAUUAUAGAGUAAGCUAAUUGUAUAAGAAAUAGAACAAUGUCUCAUCAAACAGGAAUUCAAGCCAAUGCAGAGUUAAAGAAAUAUUUUGGAAAAUGCAGAGAUGGAAAGAUUCGGGUCAUGAAAAUUAGCAUAGAAAAUGAACAGCUGGUUUUGUCAAAGUAUUAUCCAACAAAGCAUUCAUGGGAGCAAGACUUCGACAAAUAUGUACCCUCAUUAAUUGUUGAAGACUUGCCGUGUUACAUUUUGUAUAGGUUUGACUCAACCAACUCACUUGGUCACGAGUGGCUGCUGCUGAGCUGGUCUCCAGACAGUGCCCCGGUCAGACACAAGAUGUUGUAUGCCUCUACAAAAGCAACGCUCAAACAGGAAUUUGGUUCAGCACACAUUAAGGAUGAAAUGCAUGCUACUGUGAAGGAUGAAGUAAGUCUGAAAGGCUACAAGGCUCAUUUGACCGGGGUGAGCGCGCCCGCCCCUCUAACCGACAGAGAGGAGGCCUUAAAAGAACUUCAGGAGAACGAACACACACCACAAUAUGGAACCGAUGCUAGGCAGUCGACCAUGGGUGGAGUCUCGUUCCCUAUAACCGAAGAUGCCAAACAAGGAAUAAAUGAUCUCAAACGAGGUUCCUAUAACUACUUGCAAUUUAAGAUAGAUUUAGAAGGAGAAAAGAUUCAUUUGUCGAAAGCGGCCAACAUAUCCCUGACAGAGCUACCUCAGCAGGUGCCCGGAGACCAGGCCAGAUACCACUUGUACAUAUUCAAGCACACACAUGAAAGUGAUUACUUUGAGAGUGUUGUAUUCAUCUACUCAAUGCCUGGAUACAGCUGCAGUAUAAAAGAAAGGAUGAUGUACUCCAGUUGCAAAGGACAGUUCUUGGAAAUCAUUGAGCAGCUGGGUGUUGAAAUUGCUAAACGGCUAGAAAUAGAUGACGGCAAAGAGCUCACAGAAGAGUUCCUUUACGACGAGAUCCAUCCAAAGAGGAACCUUCACCGUCCAACGUUUGCCAAGCCCAAGGGACCUCCGAACAGGGGCGCCAAACGGAUCACUAAGUCACAGAGUAAUCAGUAGAUAUAUUGUAAACAAUUAUAGCUGCGCAGAUGAUAGACAUGCGGCCAAGAAAUAAAGGGGUGUUAGAUUAAAUGAGGAAUAUAAAAUAGAGGUCGCCGCCGCCGAUCACUUCCCUGAGGACACGGCGGUGCUAAUCCCAAGUAGGGUACACCACCACCGUA